GGGUUUACUACAAUUGCGCCCUUGUCUGUCUGGCCAUCAUAAGCCACAUUCUCAUGUCCUGCGGGUUUUCCCCGGAAAUUUAUGUAUUUCAACAAUAUAAGCAUGAUUCAUUAUCAAGUAAUCAUCUUAUCAAUUCAAUUCAUUCCAUUCAAUUAGAGGGAUUUUCUUACCUUCUUAUUAUCUGAAGCGUCUGAAGCACACUUUGCAGUUAAUUCUUCUCUGGAUUGCCCAAUUGGAAUGACGCUGAUUGAGGUCAGUUCGAGUGAAUUUGGAUGCUUUUAUAAUUUACAAUCUUGCUAUCUGUGCUCCAGUUUCCUUCCUUGGAAAAAAGACUUCCUCCACUUCCAGGAACUCUUUCUAGAGCACAUCUUUAUCAGUGCAAGAUUACCGAUCCCGCUUUAUCUCAGUGCUUGUCCCAAUUGGUAGCGUAUAUAAAGCGCCUGGACAGAUGUUGAGGACAUCAGUCACAUCAGUGAAGGUUUUUCAAGCAAUCAAAAAUGGUUCGUGUAGUCUACAUCGCUCUGGUGGCCUUCCUGGCCAUCGCAACUGCCCAGCAAGUUGCUGAGGAGUUGCCUGCUGAAGUUCCCAUCGAGGAGAUUCCCACUAAAGCGAUCGCUGUGGAGAGCGUCGAGGAGUUCAUGAGACAGAAUCCAGGAGUGACGCUGCUGGAGAUGAAGGCUGAACAGAGAGCGCUCACGCGAUACUACACUCUGGGCAGGAGAGUUUCCGGAGACUUCUAUGCGGCGUACGCCAGAGGCACCAACAGCUACGGAUCGCCCAGAUUUGUCUCCGUCAGAAUCAACUACUCCGGAUACAUCGUGACGUACAUUCAGGUGUCCGUUCAGCAGUCGUCCAACAGUGGCCGGGCUUACGUGGUGUCCGGAGGCAUUGGGCAGCGUUCCAUCGGGUUCAUCGUCGAGGCAUCGAGCACCACUCAGUUUAAUUAUAAUGCUGACAUUUAUGCCAGGAAGUGAGCUUUAAUAUAUCUGAUAAGUCAAUUCAUUUCCGCUAUUUGGUGGAGUUUUUCUUUGCUUUUCUCAAGAAUCCUCUUGACUGGAGAGUCAAUUGAAAGCUUUCUUGGCUU